AUGUUUAACAUCAAGAACAUUGCGGCUUUGGCUGCGGUCAUCGCUCAAAUCGGUGUUGCUAUCGCGCAAGGUGGAGCUUGGGCCCAGUGCGGUGGUAAGGGUUGGGCUGGUGCUACCACAUGUGUCAGUGGAUAUACAUUCUACUCCCAAUGUAUACCUGGUACAGCACUGCCAGCAUCGACAAAGACCACUGCCGUUGCUAUCCCGACCACGCUGUCUACUUCCAAAGUCCCAGCCGCUUCAACCACUCCCCCAGCGACCAGUCCAACUGGAGGACCACUCAGUGUAGGCUCUAGUACAGGUGGUACUGGAAGUAUCGACGCGAAAUUCCGUGCAAAGGGCAAGAAAUACUUUGGUAUCGCAACAGACCAAGGCUUGCUGACCACCGGGAGCAAUGCCGCAUUGAUCCAAGCCAACUUCGGGGCUGUCUCACCCGAGAACUCUAUGAAAUGGGAUGCAACUGAAUCCACUCAAAACAAGUUCACAUUCAGCCAGGCAGAUUACCUUGUCGACUUCGCUACCAAGAAUGGUAAGGUGAUCAGAGGACAUACUUUACUAUGGCACAGCCAACUGCCUAACUGGGUUGCUAGCAUCACAAGUGCUAGCACCUUGACAGCUGUCCUUGAGAAUCACAUCGCGAAUGUGAUGGGACGGUAUAAGGGAAAGAUUUAUGCUUGGGACGUCAUAAACGAGAUGUUCGAAGAGAACGGCAGUCUCAGAGUUGAUGUGUGGAGUAAGGUCUUGGGUGAGAGUUUCGUUUCGAUCGCGUUCAACGCCGCGAAGAAGGCGGAUCCACAGGCAAAAUUGUAUAUCAACGAUUACAAUCUUGACUCAGCUACUUACGCCAAAGUCACUACCGGAAUGGUCGCACACGUCAAGAAAUGGCUCGCAGCUGGCAUUCCCAUUGAUGGUAUCGGUUCCCAAGCUCAUCUUCAAGCUGGCCAAGGUGCGGCAGCACAAGGUGCUCUCCAGGCCCUUGCGGCAUCAGGAGUCUCAGAAGUUGCAGUCACUGAACUCGAUAUCGUCAAUGCUGGAAGCAGCGACUACGUCUCUGUCGUCAAUGGAUGUUUGAACACUCCAAAAUGUAUAGGCAUUACCGUUUGGGGAUUGAGAGAUCCAGACAGUUGGCGUGCAAGCAACAACCCAUUGUUGUUCGACGCAAGCUAUAACAAGAAGGCCGCCUACAAUGCUAUCAUUGCAGCUUUGUAA